AUGCCCGAGGUGACCAGAAAAACGUCAACAAACAUGGACAGCGAUGAGCCCAGCGAUCAUCCAAACGGCUUCGUAACCUAUCGCGAGAUCGAUGGCCAGCGUGCAAACGUGCGCGUCUAUAAUGACGGACGCGUAUCAGGAACAUUCCCUGAUGGAAGCCGAGCAACAUCUCGCACUGGACUUCGAGGAGCUUCACACUCUGCCAUGUUCAGUGGUGGCAGAAAGGAGGCACAGCGCGAGACUUCAACGAGAAGGGGAUCUCGGAUGCAAAAUAGAAAGCAUCACUCUUAUGCACGACCAACUCUCGGCAGUGUUCCCGAAGACUCUGAACCAAAAGACCCGUCUGCUUCUGCUAAUUCCUUUUCAUCACAGGUAGAAAGUCAUGAUGGCGGUGCUGACGGUGCUGGCGGGCCCACGUCGGCACCAACUAUGACCAGUUCACAAGAAGCAGAGUCCGAAGAAGCCAGGGGACGGAGACUCAAGGCCCAUCAGGGGCUAAGAGAUAAUUCAAAGAGCCCUGGGUUUGAACGACGUAGAAAACAUGUCCCUAACGAGAUAGCCAAGAUCCACUACAAAGAGGCGCAGUUCAACAAGCAACAGGAAAAGGAAAGGAGACACUAA